CGCAGAAAGAUCUGUAUCCGCUGCGGGGAUUACCAUUUUCCUUUUGUAAAAUACUUUCUCCCACGUUUGUGUCCCAGAAACCACUAUUUUCUUUCAUAAUUGCCAAACAUAUCCUUAGCUGCAAAUCUCUCUUAUCUCUUCCCCUCAACGGUCCAAAAACAGGGCGACAGGCAGAGACUCCGAGAGAGAGAUGAGUUCUUCAAUCUCCAUACCCCUUUCACCCACUACUCACUCUCAACCCUUCUUGAAACCCAGUGAAAACAAUCUUCUAUUUUGUGGAUCUUUCCUUCCAAAACGCCUUCCAUUUCUCAAGAGAAGAGUUAGUUACACUGUAACAAGGGCUUUACUUUCAGCAAAUAAAGAAUCAGUCUUACAUGAUUUCCAUGGAAGAAGAGCUCUCAAGAUCAUCACCGGAUUGCAGAAUUUUUGUAGAGACAAUGUUGCUUCUGUUGUUAUUGCUGCAGAUAAGGGUGGAGCAACUCAUGUGGAUAUAGCUUGUGACCCUGAGUUGGUGAAGCUUGCCACUAGCUUGACUUCUCUUCCAAUUUGCGUCUCUUCAGUCACUCCAGAUGCAUUCCCAGCUGCUGUCGAAGCAGGAGCAGUGAUGGUAGAGAUUGGAAACUAUGAUUCUUUUUACGAGAUGGGUGUGCUUUUCUCUCCGGAGCAGAUACUAAAUCUAACAAAGGAGACUAGGAGGAUCCUUCCAUCUGUGACACUAUCAGUCACUGUGCCACACACUCUAAGCCUCCCGGACCAGAUCAAGCUAGCAGAACAGUUGGAACAGGAAGGCGUAGAUAUCAUCCAAACGGAAGGAGGGAAAUGCUCUAAUGCCACAAAUGCUGGCGUUCUGGGUUUAAUUGAGAAGGCAACACCGACGCUAGCAUCAGCAUAUUCUAUUUCUAGAGCCGUCAAGAUCCCCGUCAUGUGUUCAUCUGGACUGAGUGCAGUUACAGCACCAAUGGCCAUCACGGCAGGGGCUGCUGGAGUGGGUGUAGGCUCAGCAAUAAACAAGCUCAAUGAUGUAGUUGCCAUGAUUGCAGAGGUUCGAAGUAUUGCCGAUUCAUUAGGCAUCUCAUCUGAUAGACAAACUGUAGUUGAAGAGAAAGCAUUGAGACUGUAAUCCUUGUAUGGGGUUCUAGCACUUGGAAAAUCCUUCUUCCUUAAGGUCCCUUACCCUUCCCAAAGAUGGCAUUGGUCUUGGAUAUUAUGCAAUUCCUGUACCUUGAAUCCUUGAGGUCCCUAAGUGCUUAAGCGAAGACAUGUUUCAGUCAUGCAAAAGCACAUUUUUUUCAUC